AUGCUGAUGGCGGAUCCGCUAAGUGUUACUUCUGGGCUUUUAGCCAUCAUUACUGCCACGGCCCAGUCAAGCAAGGCGCUUUACCAGACUGUCCAGAGCUUCAGGGACCACCCUCGCUCUGUUCGGCAGCUGAGAGACGAGCUUGAGGCUCUCAAUGGUGUUCUCCAUUCCUUGGAGGCUUCUGUCGGAGGCGAACCUUCUAUUCUAGUCCCGCUGAAGUUUCCGCUCGAGAAAUGUACUAAAGCCUGUGCGGAUUUUCAGAAACUGAUAGUCAGAUACACUAGACAUUCCGGACCGGGAAACACUAGCUUCAGAGACUGGGCAAGGCUCAGAUACAUGGACAAUGACAUCAAUAGCUUCACGGCUAUGUUGGCUGGGUAUAAAUCCACCAUUGCCAUCGCUCUAGCAGAUGCAAACUUACGUUCAAGCACGGUUACCCUUCAAGUCCUGAACGAAGAUGAAGAUAAGAUUCGAGUUACGAAGCCAGACCUCGAGAACCACCUCGAGGAGAUCGCGCCGAUGUCACCUUACGAUGCCACACCGGUUCGUGAACGGCAUGGUGGUUCAGAUGUCGAUGAAGAUACAUAUGUCGAGGCAGAGGCGGACGAGUCUGGCGAGGAAAAGAUACCAUCGGCCGUGUUCCUGCCGCAUCAAGAGAUGCCCAAUGCCCGUGGCAGCAAAGGCGAGGGCAUCGGCGCGGGCUAUGCGCCGCGUCCAAGAUUACUGUCCCAGAGUCAGACAUCCCCGUGGCUCGUCAAAGAUGAUGAGCCUGUCUUUGAACUGCACCGCUUGCAGUCCCGUGAGGGCCAUUCAACGCCGACGCCUUCGGUCGAUGAUGAAGGGUUUGAAGACAACACUUAUUCCGAGGCUAAAGAUAACAACUCUGGCUCCUUGACAAAUAACUCGUUCGAUGGACAACAGAACGACGGAUCAGAAAGGGGCACGUCCGCAUGGGACCACGUGUCCAACGCUGAUGUGCCUCGUGGCAGAGCGAUGAAUCUAGCGAAGGAGACCAUAGAGCCGUUUGAGGGCUACGACUCUGAUAUCAGCGACCUAGAGAGCAUCAUGUCUGAUGCACCAUCCCUCGCAUCCUCCCUCAGCUCCGUGGAACCGAUCCACUGCACUGCAGUAACAGAUUUGAAGGGCCUGCUUCUUCGUCAUGAGGAACUGGAGCCGCUAUACUCAAUAGCGAUUUCCCGAGUCGGGCCUGAAAGAUUCCAGAAAAACCUCAGGUAUCUCCUGCUGCGGUACGGCAAAGCAUUACGCAAAGAAGCAGUCAAUACAGCCCAGGACCAAGCCGCAAGAUUGGUUCGGUCUGCCUCUCUUAGGAUUGCAUUUGAGAUCAAGGAGGCCAUCUCACAUGACGCAGACCCGAAGGAAUUUCCAAAGACACGCCGGGAAGAACUGAAUGACUUCCUCAGGAAACUAGAACGCCGUGUCGAGGAUCUCUCUAGCAGUGGUGACGAGUCCCUGGAUGGCCGGGAUACAGACAACUUGCAGACGCUGGAGAGUGUGAAGAACUUCAUGAUCUCUGCUGACGCCUUUGUGAAACUUUGCGGCGAGUUCAAGCGCUGGCUCAAUAUUAAUGACGGACUGAAGGAAAACACUGAACACCGCAAUGCAUGUCAAGCAGAGGCAGAGGGAACAUCUGAGUCCCAGAAACGCCUAGUUGCAGUUUGUUCACCUCUUUCCGCUCUGGAGACUGUCCAAGAGUGUUUCGUCGCACAACAAGAGUCAACGUUCUCUCCUCGCAAUUCCCAACGAGAGUCUUUGGACAUGAAGCAGUGUACCACGAAGCCCCCUUGUCCACGUCCGCAUAGCUGGGUCGAGAGUGCUCUCAGAAACCUGAAGCACGUACGAAAUGUGCUUUCGGAUUUUGCACAGACGAGGGUUGCCAAGGGAGUUGCCCGUAUAUCAUGGACAUGCAGAUGUGGAAAGCGUCUACGCAUCGAGGUACCCAGGAGCCAGCAAGCUGCUGGACUGUCUUUCGCCUGUCAAGCAGCCGGGCCAUCAGGCGCAUCCAGUGUCUCUGUCGAGAUUUCCGAUGAUGCCUCCUCAUCGACUUCUUCCACCACGCAGGCCUCGACAGGGGUGAGCUCGUCCCUGAGCAACAACGGUCCACCACCGAGUUCGCCCUCAGCAGCACCAUCCACCAACAGCAACGAGCUACCCGACCCGUUCAUACCGGCCGGAACCAAGAAGUAUAUGCUCCUCUGCGUCAACACCGGGAUGCGACUGAUCAAGCUGGCGAAUGUCGACGUCACCGAUGUGGCGGAUGCCGAAGAGAUGUUCAGACGACUAAGAAUGGCCUACUGCCAGCUUCGAGGCCCGAGAGGACGUAACCCGCUGGUCAAGCCCAAGUCGAUGCAUUACGUAAGGUUCCAGCUUCUCAGCCUCCUCAAAUCUAAAGAAUGCAUUGGAAACUACCAGAUCAACUCCAUCCCCUCCCGCAAGGAAAUCUUCCGCCAGGAAUACGCCUUCCGCCCCUGCCCGCCUCUGCUAGGCGACCUGCCCAUGCCUCCCGCCAUCUUCAUGCACUCCUUCCUCGAUCCGGGCGACCACCUGGGCCCCAUGGCUGUUGAGAUGCUGCCGAAAAAGCUGCAGCGGGCGCUCGAAUGGGACCGCGAUGCCGCCAACGGCAGUGCGUUCAACAUCCCCUGCGGGUGGGGUUUCUAUAUCGUGGAGGAGUUUGACUGGAUCCGUAUCGCGUGGUGUGUGUUUGUCGCUGCGGUGGUGUUUUCGCUCUUUGCGGUCUUGUGGUGUGUCCUUGUGCAGGAUGUGCAGGGGGGAAUGGGGAUUGGGCAGUACUGUAUCGGGCUGUUAGCGGUGGGGAUUUCCGUUGUGUUGCUUGUUGGUCAUGGUUCCGGCUCUGGUACUGAGUAA